AUGCAGGCUGCGCUCAUCAGCGAGAGGCAGAAGAUUCAGGAGGGGUUGCAGGACACCCUCUCCGCCGCUAAAAACAUUGCACCCGUUCACCCUUUGAACCUGGGUAUCCCGUUCAAAGACGACAGAGCGGGUACAGCUGGCACAGCUGGUGUAGAUCUCUCUCGGCGGGUUUCUCCUCCCCAGCAGUCCCUGUCUGACGGGGCUCUGUGCACUGUGACGGGCCGCCGACUGUCCCGGGUCAGCAUUGGGGCUGAGCGCUACCCGGAGACAAUAGAGGCUCUGAUGGAGGUGGGCGGACUGAGAGACAGGCACGAGAGUCUGGAGGCCCGCGUGGGGCAGCUGGAGGCGAACAAGGCUGAUCAGACCCAGCUUCAACAUCUGCGUGAUCUUCUCAAUGCCAUGGAAGAGAGGCAGAUUCCUGACCAUGUGCCAGAGCAGCUGAAUCAUCUGAGGGCUCUUGUGGACAGUCUGCUAGCAGAUAAAGAGAAGAACACUAAUCUGGUGAGCGACUUAGAGGGAGCCAUACUGCAGCUGCAAUCCGAGUGUGAGAAACUCCACAGAACAUCCAACCGCCUGAUGGAGGAACACAGCAAGAAACAGACACACAUCGACCAUCUGUUCAAGAUAGUGGAGGAACUGGAUGAAAAGAAAGCUGACAAGCAAGUGGUGGAAAUGGAGAUUGAAAUCAAAGCAGACAAGCGGGCUCUGGAGAGCAAGGUGAGCCGCAUGCAGUUCGACAGCAUGGCAGAGCAGCUCGAUAACAUGAUACAGGAUCUGCUGAGGAAGAUCAGCGGUCAGGAGCAGGACUGGAACAAGGUGAUCGAGAAGAUCUCCACUGAGAUGGACUGCAAGCUGAACCGGAUUGAGCUGGAUCCUCUGAAGAAAGAGCUUGAUGAUCGCUGGAGGACCAUUCAUAAGCAUCUGCAGACACCUCCGAUCCCCGAGCAGGACGACGCUGCUGGACUCAGGAAACAAUUAGUGGCCCGGUUUCACUGCAUCUCCUGUGAUCGUCCCGUGGAUAUGAUGACACCAGGACAGAACUUGGUGACUCUGCCCUCUGCCCCAGGACUGCCCUCUCACAAGUCCAGCCGGCCCUACACUGUGUAUGAGCUGGAGCAGGUGCGACAGCACUGCAGGAGUGAGAGGAUCCCAGAAAUGGCCGAUUACUGUUACCUGUCCCGUAACUGUGGGGGCAGCCACACCCUCACCUACCCCAGCCGCCGCUACACCCGCCUUCAGCACAUCACCCAUCUGAUCCAGAGCGAAGAGGAGAGUCGGCCCGUGUCCACUGGACCGCCCACACAGGCAGCAGAGGUGGACAUCUUAGGUUUGGAUGGACAGGUCUACAAGGGCCGAAUGAGCAGCAGAGCAGUGAGACUCUCCGAGACCAGAUUUCCCACCAUCUCUCCUCGAGAAGGCAACUGGAAGAGCAAAGACAAGGUCAGCCGCUCACAGUCCCAGAGGUCCAGUGGAGUGGACGCUGGCCGUGGGAGUCCUGCAAGGCCACAGAGUGCCAAGACUCACCGCAGCCACUCAGCGUCCAGCACCUCGAUGAAAGAUCGGCCCCUGUCCUCUAUGGACUGUCUGUCCCAGGACGUCCCGCUCCAGACCUCAUUCCAUGACAGCACCACAGAGCCGAAAGAAGCACUGGAGCUCCAUAAAGAGCUCAACCAAUCAGAAGAUGAGCCGGUGACAUCACUCUAGAGAUCCUCCAAUAGGAGCCGCCCCAUUGUCUGAAUGAAAUGUUUACAGCAGUGCGUGACACAAGCUAUAUAGGUGAAACAGAAGGUUCCUCUGUAACAUUGAGAAUAUCUAUAUAAGAUUUAAUAAAUGUUUUUUGCACAAGCGUCAGUCAUAUUAAAUAUGCAAAACAUUGUUUGUCAUCCAAUGUGAGUAUUAAUUCCCUUUUACAUUCUAAACUCUCUCACAGUGUUGAUCUGAUGAAUUUGACCCAGUACUUGUUGGUGAACAUUUUUUCAAUCAGUUCCAACCAGUACAAAGUAUCUGGUAUAGAUUCAUGUCUGUUUCACCUCAAACCUACCUCUUACAACAUACAGCUACUGCUUUAAUAAACAGCAAUUAUAUCUGUCAGAUGUAUUAUUCAGUUGAAGUAUUAAUGGUGAUAAUCUG